UGGCCUCGCCGAGCUCUGUUCCUAGACUCUCACCCGUCCCGCACGUUCUUGGGCGCCUAGCAUUCGGAUUCGCCCGCCCGGGCCCCGCCACCCCCUCCUCAACCGACGGGGCAAAAGCUGCUCCGAGAGGAGAAGGUCAAGUGCUCCGCCCGGGACGGACGCGAGCGGAGCCCUGGGAGCGCAGCAUCCGCGGCGGCGCAGGAGUUACAAAGUCUGCGCGCGAGACUCCGCCGCCACCCAGCAGCCCCGGCGCAGCUCCGGCAGCUGCAGUCGCAGCACCCCCAGCGUGGCGCCCCCAGGCCGGGCCUGCCGCCCGGGACCAGGGCUGGGGCGCAGAGGGAACCCGGAGCCCGGCGCCCCCAUGCGCCGCCCCGCCGCCGCCGCGCCACAGCUAUGACCCUGAGCACUGAGAUGUCCGAUGCCUCCGGCCUCGCCGAGGAAACAGACAUCGACGUGGUGGGGGAGGGCGAGGACGAAGACGACGAGGAAGAGGAGGACGACGACGAGGGCGGCGGUGGCGGGCCUCGGCUGGCUGUCCCCGCGCAGCGGCGGCGGCGGCGGCGCUCCUACGCCGGGGAGGACGAGCUGGAGGAUCUGGAGGAGGAGGACGACGAGGAUGACAUCCUGCUGGCCCCGCCUGCUGGGGGCUCCCCGGCGCCCCCGGGCCCGGCCCCGGCGGCGGGGGCAGGAGCCGGUGGGGGCGGCGGCGGCAGCGGCGCGGGCGGCGGCGGCGGCGGCGGGAGCGCGGGUAGCGGCGCCAAGAACCCGCUGGUGAAGCCGCCCUACUCGUAUAUCGCGCUCAUCACUAUGGCCAUCCUGCAGAGCCCCAAGAAGCGGCUGACGCUGAGCGAGAUCUGCGAGUUCAUCAGCGGCCGCUUCCCCUACUACCGGGAGAAGUUCCCGGCCUGGCAGAACAGCAUCCGCCACAACCUCUCGCUCAACGACUGCUUCGUCAAGAUUCCCCGCGAGCCCGGCAACCCAGGCAAGGGCAACUACUGGACGCUGGAUCCGGAGUCCGCCGACAUGUUCGACAACGGCAGCUUCCUGCGCCGGAGGAAGCGCUUCAAGCGGCAGCCGCUACUCCCACCCAACGCCACGGCCGCCGAGUCGCUACUGCUGCGCGGCGCGGGAGCCGCAGGGGGCGCGGGCGACCCGGCAGCCGCCGCCGCACUCUUCCCGCCCGCGCCGCCGCCGCCCCCGCAUGCUUACGGCUACGGCCCCUACGGCUGCGGCUACGGCCUGCAGCUGCCGCCUUACCCGCCGCCCUCGGCCCUCUUCGCUGCCGCCGCGGCCGCCGCAGCCGCCGCCGCCUUCCACCCGCACUCGCCCCCGCCGCCCCCGCCGCCGCAUGGCGCGGCCGCCGAGCUGGCCCGGACCGCCUUCGGCUACCGGCCGCACCCGCUCGGCGCCGCCCUGCCCGGCCCCCUGCCGGCCUCCGCGGCCAAGGCGGGCGGCCCGGGCGCCUCAGCGCUGGCGCGCUCGCCUUUCUCCAUCGAGAGCAUCAUCGGGGGCAGCUUGGGCCCGGCCGCCGCUGCUGCCGCCGCCGCGCAGGCCGCCGCCGCGGCUCAGGCCUCGCCCUCGCCCUCGCCAGUGGCUGCGCCGCCCGCGCCCGGAUCCAGCGGAGGAGGCUGCGCAGCGCAGGCGGCCGUGGGCCCGGCGGCCGCGCUCACCCGCUCCCUCGUGGCCGCCGCGGCCGCCGCCGCUUCCUCGGUCUCCUCGUCCGCCGCCCUGGGGACUCUGCACCAAGGGACUGCCCUGUCCAGUGUCGAGAACUUUACUGCUAGGAUAUCCAAUUGUUAAUAACGCUAUGUUAGCGUGCUCGAGGAAGAAGGGAGAAAACGGACUCUUGCGGGCUCAAAUGAAGUUCUCUCCCCUACCCCCGCCCCCAGUUAAAUGUUUGAAGGAGGUUAAACUCUCUCACCCUCAAACUUACC